AUGGGCAUACGCGAUAUUCUCAAGAAGAAAGACGAUCUUUCAACGGGUCAACCCGCUGAGAGAGAGACCGUCGAUCGUUUGGCAGCUCCUGAGUUCACAAUCAUUCGUUCCGACACCUCAACCCAGGAGCGCAUUUACCCACCGUCUAUGAAGUCCGUUGACAAUCUGCAUCUCGCAGUCCAAGAGCCCAAGGAAAGAGAAAAGUCGCGACGAUCUCUCGAUGUCUUCCGCUCCGGCCGUUCACGAUCUAAUUCUGAAUCGAGUCAGACAAAGGAGAGCGGCGCCCGUCGUUUAUCGCACCGUCUGCGCUUAAGCAGAGCGCCUCCAUCCUCCGAGAACGUCCCCGAGAACCUACCAGAUAUCAUCACAUCGACCGAUGGCCAGGAUGAGUCUCAAUGGGAGAAGCGCGCGACUAUGCUAGCGGGUCAGAAUAACCGCGCGAGAAGCAACAGCAGGCCGGGGACGCCCUCAGACAGCGGCCAAGGCGCGGUUUCGUCGCAGAAGAUCGAUGAGGAUAUUCAAGAGGCUAUUCGUCUGCACGAGGCAGGAAAUCUGGAGCUGUCGACGCGCAUGUUUGGGCGGCUGGCUGAUCCUCAGGGAGCCAACAACCCGUUGAGUCAAGUCCUGUAUGGUCUUGCUUUAAGACACGGAUGGGGUUGCGCACCAGAUCCAGAGGGCGCUGUCAAGUUCCUCUCAGCUGCAGCCUCCAAUUCGGCCUCAAUUGAGCAAAUGGCCCUCCAGGCCGGCAUGAAGAAAGGCGGAGCUGCCAAGGGAGAGCUUGUCCUGGCCAUCUUUGAGUUGGCAAACUGCUUCAGACAUGGUUGGGGUAUCAACAAAGACGCCUACGCCGCCAAACAGUAUUAUGAGACUGCAGCGAAUUUAGGAGACACUGAUGCCAUGAAUGAGAUUGCCUGGUGUUACGUUGAAGGCUUCGGGUGUAAGAAAGACAAGUUCGCUGCAGCCCGGUAUUAUCGACUGGCCGAGAAGGCCGGCAACAAGACACUAGGGAACUCUUGGAUCUGGAAGGAAAAGUACGACACUCCGGGCGAGGGCAGCCGCAAGUAG